GGGGAGAGAAAGGACUAAAAUGGCAGAAUAUUUAUCUGAUGUUCAGAAUCCUUUUGACUGUUCCAUCUGUCUGGAGCUGUUUAAGGAUCCAGUGACUACAUCUUGUGGGCACAGUUUCUGUAUGAACUGUAUUAAGGGGUUCUGGGAUCAGGAAUCUCUUAAACCAGUUUUCAGCUGCCCAACAUGUAGGAGGACAUUCAGGCAAAGGCCAAGUCUUGGCAGAAGCACUGUUCUCGCUGGCAUUUUGGAAGAAAGGAAGCAGGACGUUCCAGCUGGACGUGGAGAUGUGCAGUGCGAUGUUUGUAAAGGAAGGAAACUCAAAGCCGUCAAGUCUUGUCUGGUGUGUUUGGCGUCCUUCUGUCAAACUCACCUUCAGCCUCAUUGUGACUCUGAAGCUUUGAAAAAGCACAAGCUGGUGAACGCUUCAGCAAAUCUACAGCAGCAGAUCUGCCCUCAACAUCAUAAAGCUCUGGAGAUUUACUGCUAUGAUGACAAGAAAUGUAUUUGUGUGCUUUGUUUGGGAGAUCAGCACAGUGGACAUAAGACUGUCUUAGCCAUAACUGAAAUGGCAAAAGAAAAGGAGAAAUUGAAAAUUAACAAAAUGGAAUUCACUAGGAAAAUCACAGACAUACACAAGAAUCUUCAAGCAUUUAGGAAGCCUUUGGAUUUUCACAAGAGCUCUGCACAGGCAUCAGUGGAGCACAGUGACUGGAUCUUCACUGAACUCAUCCGAUCCCUUACAAAAAAACGAACUGAAGUAAGAGAAAAGAUCAGAGCUCAGGAGAAAAAGGAGACUCAACAAGUUACGGAUUACAUACAGAAACAGGAACAGGAGAUGAGCAAUCUUCAGAACCAGAGUGUUAAACUGGAGCAGAUUUUACACACAGAGGAUCACAUUUAUUUCUUCCAGAAUUUCUCUUCCCUUUCUCCCAGACUGUGUGUCUUACCCAGUGAUGUUAAUGAUCUUAUAACAUUUGAGAAAGUAGAUGAAUCUGUCUCAAAGCUGAAAAGAAAACUGGAUGAAGUCUGUGAGGAGCACAUGGGCAAAAUAUCAAACAAAGUUGCUGAUGUCCACAUUAUCAAGCCCUUGUGGAAAAUCAGAUUGUUAUCUGAUUCAUCUGAAUCAUCCGAAGCCUCUGAAUCCUCUGAAGCCCCUGAAUCCUCUGAAGCUCCUGCAUCUUAUGUAGCUUCUUUAUCCCCUGGUUGUUUGUCAGAAUGAAGAUGGUGCUAUGAUUAAAAUAUUGUAAAAAUGCAA